AUGGAGUCCAGUUUCCAUGAAAGAAGGACACUAGAGUCCACAAAGUCACUCAUGCCACUAAGUCUGGCGGAACCGAUAAUACCAGCCGAGACUAUUCCUCGAUGUCAACUCACACCAGACAACUGGCGUGUCUACACUGAAUUUUGUCCAGGAUCCCCGACGGGAGGAGGAAAAUGUGAGCAUGCCUCGAAGAAACCGGUUGAAGAGCUGCAUAUAUACGCCUUCAGAACUAUCGCCCUUUUGAUGAUACUCUUUUUCCAAAGCCAAAGACUCUACUCCCCAGCAUCUCAGCCGCAAGGUCUCGAGAUGACGGAGUUGUCAAUAUUACUCGGCUCAAGUGUAAUGCCGUAUCAGAGCGUAACUCGUUCAGCAAUAGUCUUGAAUCACUUGCCUUCAUUCUACGUGCAGCAUUCCGUUAUCUCCAGCCAAACAAAUCUUCAGUUGCAGGGCAAGCCACUGGAGGCUCAUGGACUAGUAUUACCGUCCAUUCGAUGGUACUCGUUCUUUGAGGCGGAGAUCAUGUUCCAUUUCCAUCAAGCCAAAGAUAAACUGCUUCGUCUAAGCAAUUCCAACCCAACCUUCAAGUUACAUGUACUAGAACCAACAGGCAUUCGUGUUGCCUAUUUGGGCCGGUACAAGCCAUAUCUCACAUUAAGACAACACCAGCGCAAUCGAGACUUCCUCCCAACGACCCAAAACAGCGCCAUUACCAAUUAUCCGGUCGAGCCCUCGCAUCUCCCGCAGAAACUCCGCACGAACAGGCAUUACACAGCUGGACCAGGGGAAAACUGGUCAGUCGGUUCACGGGGCCACCCAGCAACGUACCCAACACUCGGGUGCGCCGCGCCAAGUUGCCUGGACACAACCACUCCGUGGCUCAGCAUCCGAGACAUUGGAUGA